AUGGAUCAUGACUCAGGCGAAGGGAAGCUGGAGAGUGCGCCAAAAUUCGACGGGAGCGACUAUUGGACUUGGAGCUUCCGAUUCGAACAAUGGGCAGAGGCGCACGAUCUAUGGGGGUACUUUGAUGAUGAGCUGAUUCGCUUGGUACGGGAGUUCGGCGGCAAGACCGAGUUGGGCAGUGCACCUGUUGAUGGCGGAGCAAGAGCGGUCACCCGAGUUCCUGCAGGCACAGCAGCGGCAUACACACGAGUGAAGGAGUUCUACCUUCAGCGUGGAUUGUGUAACCGGAUGGCACUCUCUGAGGAGCUCUCUUCCUUGAAGAUGAAAGAAGGGGAGGGGGUGGCUGCAUACUGGGCGCGUGCCGAGGACUUGAGGUCCAAGUACUUGGCUGCAGGAGGGAAGGAGGAGGUUGAGGAGUGGAUGAUGAGAGUAUUCAAAAGACUACCUCCUCACUUUGAUAUGCUGAAGGUGGUACAGAACAACCAAUCGUCAGCGCUCACUAAGGAUCAGCUCCUUACCUCUUUGAGGAGCGAGGAGAUGCGGAUUGGUGUCGCACCAAGAUCGGAUGGUGUAGCCACUUUUGGAGCGGGUACGAAAGUGGGCAGCAGCGGCAGGGGAAACUGGGACAAGGGAGGAAAGCAAGGACUCAGCGGUAGCAGCAGCGGCACCAACUCGGGCAGAUGGGGGGGUUGUGUAAUGGCUGUUGGGAUGAGGGACAUGCAUGGCAGCGAUGUUCUCACCGACCUAAAGGAGGAAUUCCGGCAUUCUUACAGAGGGGGGGGUCGUGGGUCCAACGGCAAGGCACAGGUGGCGGAUGAGGAGGAGCAGGAUGACAAGGCAGAGGUAGCGGUUGGAGAGGCAGUUGCAGCAGUAGGAGGGGAGCAGCCGCGAGAGGGGUGGUGGAUUGACAGUGGGGCCAGCCACAACUUUACUCCCUUUGCAUCAGACUUCACGAGUAAACUUGAGCCACCAGAGAUUCGGGGAGUUAGAGUGGGAGAUGGACGGGUGGUGAAAGCUGUUGGCAUGGGUGAGGUGCCAGUGGUUGGUGCUGGAGGUCAGCUGCUGAGGAUUCAAAAGGUCCACCUUGUACCUGAGAUGCACACACGUCUGCUGUCAGUCCCCCACCUCACCUCUCGGGAUGUCAUCGUCACAUUCCAGGGCAAGAGAUGUGUUAUCAAACGGGGAGAAAGGGUGUUGGCGAUUGGAGAAAAGGAGGGGGGAAGGGAUCAUGGAUUGGGUUACCCACCAAUGGAGGCGUGGUCCGGCCAGAAGCCGCAUGUGGGCAUGGCUCGGAUUUGGGGUUGCAUGGGAAGUGUCAUGUUGCAUGGGCAUGAGAAGGGUGGCAAGCUUGAUGCACGAGCUGUCAUGUGUGUCUGUGUUGGGGUGGACAUGGAGAGCAAGGGUUGGCGCAUGCUGGACCCUUCUCUCAUGCGCGUUCGCAUUGCUCGAGAUGUUGAUUUUCUUGAGAAUGUGAUGUGGAAGGAUUGGGACAAGGCAAAGGGAUUUGGGGAGCUUCUGCAGGAUGCAGCUGAGAUUUCCCAACUCCUCCCUCUUCCACUCUCGCCACCCUCGGCAACGGUUGACGACGCUAAGAUGCCACCUUCAACACCGCCACCGGCACCGCUGAGUGUGUCGGUGCAGCAGCAGCCCACCCCUCUGCAGCAGCUCAGUGGCCCCUCGGUCAUUCAGCGGAGAUCCGCUACACAGGCUACUUCCUCUUCCUCCUCCUCUGGUCAGCGCUCUGUCCCUCUCUCUACGGGUGCACCUACGUCACCAGCGACUACCUCCCCACCACCGGUUACGGGUUUGCAGGUGCUUGGUAUCCAGUCUGGUACAGGUGAUGAGGAGGUAGGGGGGGAUGCUGGUGUGGUUGAGGGCAUGCUGUGUUUGGCCAGGGAGGUGGAGGGUGUUGCACUAGCAGGUGUGAGCACCGGUGAUGUCCCACGCACACUCGCUGAGGCACUGCGUGGCCCUGAGGGCCCUGCGUGGAAGGCAGGCGCUGAGAAGGAGGUGAAUGCAAUGCGCACUAUGGUCCUGCGUGGCACCAAGGCGCAUUCACAUGCGCGCUGCACUGAGAGCACCAAGGUACUUGGUCGACACAGCUGA